AUGACGGUUUACGGUUGCCAUCUCACAGCAUCGUCGCCGGGCUUUGCGACAUUUUAUGGGACAAUCGGUGUGCCGGACUUCGGCUCUCCCCGCCCCGGUAGCAUCGUCGCUGACGGUUUGCGACAGCUUACUCGUCAGACCCGAGAACUGGGUACUUCUUAGAUGACCGUCGCUGAGGACCAUUCCACUAUCCGCCACCUGCAGACACGCUGGGCAGCCAGCAGUUAGGCUUGCGGAUGAAGACCGACUGUCACUGACAGAAAGCGCACGUUACGUGGGACCAUCCUAAGCAGUCGGUCAAUGUGCUGUUGCGACCAAUCGUCUGCGUCUGAGGCCGAGAGACAGCAUUUCCUUAACUGCGACCAAAGAGGCGGGACAGACAUAAAUCUCGUCCAGGCAGUGGCACGAUAAAUCAAGUCGCGCAGAUGCACCGCACGCACCAGUAGUCUUCCUGCUGAGGGAGCCAUCGUUUUUAGUGCUGCCUCUGAAUCCUGGUCCAAGCCUCAGGUUGUUUAAACUUGCGCUUGUGCAUGACUGGCUGGCGACGGCCAAUGCGCCAGAAACUGCCAUUUCAGUCUCCCUUGUCUUUUUCGGUACUCUUUCCUGAAGGUUAGAAAGCGAACCCUGUGGUUCAUCCGGUGUAAACAACGAAAACUAAAAACCUUCCAGAAAGGAGACUGAUGGCCUGUGAAUGAUCUGGGUUAAAGCAGAAGGAACCUGGACUGUUAUUACCGACAAAGACAAGGGAGACUGGAAUGGCCAUUUAUGGCUUAUUAGCCGUCGUCAGUCAGUCACACCCACCUGGCGUUCGAACUCGCGACUUGUUAGUUAGAAGUCCAACGCCUUUAGCCACUGAGCCACGGGCUUGUUAUCCUGUCGGUUUCGAUCGGGAGGGGCGGUCACCGAUCGAACUUGAACUUCAUCUAACUGGCAGUCGCCCUCCUCCAAAAGCAUGACAAAGUCACGGGCUAUUCUCGGACAGGCGGUGUAAAUCUGAUGAGUAUCUGAGGUUCGAUGCUAAGAAAUGGAUAAAGACCCACACGGAUUGGCCAAACGGAAACAUCAACCGCAGCACGAGUGACUUCGGGCACAGCCCUCUCCCCCUCCCUGUGUUCUCUAGUCCCCCAGCGAAUUAACGACAUGCGACAUGGCUCAUCCGGCGAGGAUGAUGAUGAUGAUGAUGAUGAUGAUGAUGAGGAGGAGGAGGAGGAGGAGGAGGAGGAGGAGGAGGAGGACAAACUAAUCUGCAUCGGAGGCAAGGCAACUUUGUAA